UUCCACAAGAACCAAGCCCUGCCAUUAUAGAUUCUAGACCCACUGACUAGGCCCAGGGCUAAGUCUAGCCAGAUUUGUGUAGGCUGCAACAAUCCUCUGCUUGCUGUCACUUCCAGGUGCCAAACUCAGCUUUUGACCAACCUGACCCCCCUCCCUCGCCAGGGUAAUGGUCAAGAAUGUUACCCUUCCCUGAAGACUGGACCUUCUAUAAAGGCGUGAUUACAGUUCUAGGCAAGGCUGCCAGUUGCCUGGAGGGUUCUGGUCUUGGGUGAGAAGUAACCUGUCUAGCUCCCGGUUUUGAUUCUUAAAAGCUGGCUCAGGCGUUAUCUCCGCACUGAUCUCAAGACAGCAAACCAGCUUCCUAGGAAAGAAAGCUGCACAGUUUUUUUUAAAGUGUUUACACAUACACACCCCACCACAUCAACAACUCCCCCAACAACCCAAACAGGCACAGUUGCUGCAAAGGGAUUCCCAGAAUCGGCUUCCUCCUGUGUGUGCGCCCUCAUAUUUGCAUACGGGCUCCGCCUCCGUGGAAGAACCCGGCGUGUAUUUGCAUAAGGGAGCUCUUGAAACGUUGAUGGUGGCAUGCAAAUAAGGACUAGCUCCGAUUGGCUGGGGUACAGCAGGUGCCGCGUCUGGAUUGAUCUAAGCCAGGUGGGCGGGGCUGUCGCGCAGGGCGACUCUCCCGGGAGGCGCGUGCCCGGCUCAGUAGCGUUGGGGCUGGCGCGCGCCACGAAUCUUAACGCUGCGCCGUCUGUGGGCGCUUCCGGGCCACCAGAUACCCUGCCUUCCACCCUGGCGCCCCCCAGCCCUGGCUCCCCGGCCACUCUGCCCCGGGCAUCCACGCCCUGCGGGCUCAGCGGAUUCAGUGGGCUCAAUCUGCGUAGCACCUCCUCCAUGUUGACCAAGCCUCUGCAGGGGCUUCCUGCACCCCCUGUGACCCCCACACAGCCUCCAGGAGGCAAGGAUCGGGCAGCCUUCGAGGCCGAAUACCGACUUGGCCCCCUCCUGGGUAAGGGGGGCUUUGGCACGGUCUUCGCGGGACACCGCGUCACAGAUAGACGCCAGGUGGCCAUCAAGGUAAUCUCCCGGAAUCGUGUGCUAGGCUGGUCCACCUUGUCAGACUCAGUCACUUGCCCACUUGAGGUGGCACUGCUAUGGAAGGUGGGUGAAGGCAAUGGGCAUCCUGGUGUGAUCCGCCUACUUGACUGGUUUGAGACACCAGAGGGCUUCAUGCUGGUCCUUGAGCGGCCUAUGCCUGCCCAGGAUCUUUUUGACUACAUCACAGAGAAAGGCCCACUGGGGGAAAGCCGAAGCCGCAGCUUCUUUACUCAGGUAGUGGCAGCUGUCCAGCACUGCCACUCCCGAGGAGUUGUCCAUCGUGAUAUCAAAGAUGAGAACAUCCUGAUAGACCUGUGCCGGGGUUGUAUUAAACUUAUUGAUUUUGGUUCUGGUGCUCUGCUUCAUGAUGAACCCUACACGGACUUUGACGAUUGCUGUGCCCUAAUCCGCCGGUGCCUGGCCCCUAAACCCUGUUCCCGACCAUCACUGGAGGAGAUUCUGCUGGACCCCUGGAUGCAGACACCAGCUGAAGAAGCACCCAUUAACCCCCCCAAAGGAAGCCCCACCCCCUUGCCCUGGUCCCUGCUUCCCUAGGCCCAGCCAGGCUCUUCCUGGCUGGAAUCCCAUGGUCAUGCCGCAGGGAUAGAUGCACAUCUGUUGACCUGGUUAUACAGGUUGUUAAAAAUCCAGUAUUACUAAGGUCAGGGAAUAGGGAUCAGGGGUCAGAAGAUCAGCCAAGUCUGCCCAGUUCCCUUUCCAAUCCUGUGAAGGAAUCCUUCUCCAAGAACCUGUGGUCCCUUAUUUGGGAGGGGGAAAUUCCUUGCUUCUUGUUCUGUUAAGGAUGUUUAUCUGGUUGGAGUUCCUUCCCUUUUGAGCCCUAGGACCCUUAUUCUGACAUUGUAGUCCCUACACUGGCACCUCCUAUAUACUACUACCAUGAAUUUAGACACUUAGUUCAAAUGCUCUCACUUGGGCAAGUUUGGCAAGGGUGCUUUCCUUUAAAUACCCCAGAAGCGCUUUCUUUUAGCAGUUACCCCUAGUUUGGGGUCUCAUUCAGAUCAGCUGCUUCCCUGUCUCAGCCCAGAAUUGCUUAUUCUGGGGGAAGUAAUGCCCUAUUAGUAUCCCAGGGCUCUUAUUUUUUGUUUUUGUUCUCUUUUGGUGACUUUUAGUGAGGGGACCCUACUGUUAUCCCAAGUGCUCUUAUUCUGGUGAGAAGAACCUUACUUCCAUAAUUUGGGAAGGAAUUGGAGAUGGGCAUCACCUGGAUACCACCAGAGACUAGGAUGGGAUGGAUGGUUCGGGGAAGGGGGAGGAUGGGCUGGGGGAAAUAAGUCUUACUGUUUGUUCUCCUGGAAUCCUCCUUCUCCAACUUUUUGCUGCCUCCUCCUGAGCCAGGAUUGUCCAAUUGCUAAAAUGUAAAUAAUGUACUGGAGGUAGGAGAGCUACUAGUGUGCCCUCCUGUCCCUACUCCCCCUGCCUGGAUUAUUUAAAAAGCCAUGUGUGGAAACCUAUUUAAUAAAUAAUGAAGUCACAA